AAAGCAACGAUUUUGAGCUAUUUAAUUCCGCGCCAGCCCAUUUUAUCUUAUUGAGAUGAGCCGCUUCGUGAGCUUUGAGAAGGACGCGACGUCCAAGGCCGCGACCGCGGUCCGCGCGCAGGUCGCCGCCGAUGGCAUGGACGAGAAGCUCGUCGGCCUCCUCGAGGCCUACCUGGACGAGCAAAUCGCGAGCAACGUCGUCGACGAGGAAGCCAACCUCAUGCUCCUCAAGCUCUACACCAUCUACCCGGUCAAGCCCGAGCAGCACCAGACGCGCGUCGCCCAGGUGCUCGCCAAGGGCCUCAUGGCGUUGCCGUCCAAGUACUUCCUUGGUGCCACGUACAUGGUCACGGAGGCGCUGCGCAAGGACAAGAACAUUACCGACUUGCUCAAGGCCGGCGACGUCUUGCAGUCGUGCUUGUUCACGGAUUUCUGGACGCUCGACUUGCCGUUCGCCAAGAAGAUUCCUGGCUUCGAGCAGGCCGUGCGCGCGUUCAUUCUGUCGACGAUUGCCAAGAGCCACGAAGUGGUCGCCAAGGCGUUUGUGCAGGCCCAGCUGAACUUGUCAGAAAAGGACGUGGCGUCGCUCGUCGCCGAGCUCGGCUGGACGACCAAGGACGCGUCGUACGUUGUGACGCCCAACUCGGAGAACCAGAUGCGCCCCAAGAAGUUCAAGGAAGACAUUGAGUUUGCCGACAUUCUGGACACGAUCCAGGUGCUCUCCCGCUAAGUUAGAUAUACGAGGUGUCUCUGGAAGCCGUCUCGACAACACGAGUGCCACGUCA